UCCCCCGGGCGCGACUGGAGUCCAAAUUUUAUCUCGAGAACGGAAAUUCUCAGGGGUGUUCCUCUUUUUUCGUUCUGAAGGAGAAGGAAUAUCCCCUCGCGAUUUCUGUCUCCGUUCUCUUCCUCCCAUCGCCCUUGUCUCUUCCCCUCUCUUAUUUGAUUCCGAUCUCCUUCCGCCGUUUGGAGAGAUACUGCUCCGCUUUUUCGAUCUUUUCUUCGGUAUCUGAUCCCAAGGCGAGCCUUUUUUUUCUGCGGCGGUGCCAGAUUCCGGCAAGUACCGCAAGAUUUCGUUCUGUUUUGCGGCGGAGCCAUCCGGAAAGAUUGCUUCUUGAAGAGGUUUGGGCGGGGUGUUGGGGUUUUUGUUCGCGUUUUGGAUUUUCGACCCGGAUUUUGGAGUUAGGGUUUUUAGGCUUGGCGCAACAUGCCGCGGAGUUCCCGCCAUAGAUCGCACAGGGAGCACAAGUACCGCGAGCGGUCAGACUCUGAGGAGGAUAGGAACUCGAGGGACCCCAAGGAGAGGGUCGAAGAGCGGGACAAUGGUUCUAGGGUUUCGAGGGAUCUGGAAUCUAAGAAGCGAACUUCCUCUUCUGUGCCGCAGCCAUCGCAGGGGAAGGAUCAGACUGGUGCUGGUGGGGGGUAUGUGUCUGUGGAGCAUGGGAGGAAGCGGAAAGAUAGGGAAGAGGAUUCGGCAGCGAGUGAUCGGUUGAAUGGCGCUAGAGAGGAUGAUCGCGUGGCUGAUCUGGGCCAUAUAGAUGAGAACUUUGGGCUUGCGGAGUCGAAGAAGGCCCCAAAGUCGAAGCUUUCUGCUGUUGCUUCGAGGGAAAGGGCAAGCAGAAGGCCUGAAGGUUCCGCUGAAAGGUAUGAGGAUGGUAGCAGUAAGGUCGAGUUGACGAAGCGACGGUCGGAGAAGGAUUUGAGUCGUGAUUCGAGUCAUAGAGAAAGCAUCAGCCAAUGCAAGGAUGCAAAGGAGAAGGGGAGGGAGCGUGGAUCAGAGAAGGAUUUAAGCCGUGAUUUGAGCCAUAGAGAAAGCAGCAACCAGUACAAGGAUGCAAAGGAGAAGGAGAGGGAUCGUGGAUUGGAGAGGGAUAAGAAGGUCCAUGGAUCCAGGCAUGAGAGGCCCAAUGAUGCUGGGAGUCGGAACCAAGCGGCCAAAACAGGCUUCUCUGAAGAGGAGAGAGCACUGAAGAAGGAUAGGGAACUUACUGAAUGGCAAAUACGAGAUGAAUUGCGCAAUGCUGAGUUGGAGAAGGAGCUUGAGAAACCUAUGAGGGGGGGAGAUGGCUCUGCUGAUAGAGAUAAAUGGCAGAGUGAUGGCAGGGAUAGUGAUGAUAGGCGAUUAUCUUCAAGAGACGAUUGCCCCAGAAAUGAAAGCGAUAGAAAUGAAAGGCACAGGGAUGAAAGGCAUAAAGAUGGAAAGUAUAGAGAUAAACAUCGGGAGGAUCUUGACAGAGAUCAAAGGCAUCGAGAUGACAGACACCGAGAAGAGCUUUCCUCAAGGGAUCAUACUAGCAACAGAUCUGACAGUAAGCGUCACAGGGAUGAAAAUAGGAUUUCAGAGAAUCGUUAUAAGAGAAGUAAGCCUCAGGAUAGUGAUCAUGGUGGUUCUUAUUUUGAGGAUCACAGCACCAAAUAUAAGGAUUCGAGGGAAAGGAGGAGGUCAUUUGAUGAAAAUGACGCUUAUGGUGACUCGAGGCCUCAAAGUGCAAAAGAGUCACACGGCGACGUUGACAGAGCUAGGCCAGACAAGAUUGAUUCCAAUCGCAGCAAUAAACGACCAAAGAGUUCUCCCAGCUCUGUUGGUCAUGCCAUUAAGGAUCAAAGCAGGCAUAGCUUGAGGCAAGCAGAGCCUGCACGCCAAGAAUUGCCAUCUGGAGAGAGAGAUCACUAUAGUGUAGCUACCAUGGGAGAUCUUGCAGGCGUUUCAGGAGGUCAUGAUAGAACUUCUGAUUCACGGUCUUUAGAGAAGACCAAAACAAAGGAUCACGUUGCUUCAGGUGAAUAUCUGAUUGAAACAGCUGCAUCUUCCAAAUUUGGCAAGACCCAAAGAUCAGAUGGUCGAUCCGCAUCAGUUCAGUUAAUGGAAAAAUCUCAUUCAAUCGAUCGACAAUUUUUAUAUAGAGGCAGCACAAGGCGUAGUCAUGAUAUUGAAGAUGUGGCCAAAAAAAGCAGCUCUUACAGGGAUCAAAGAGAUUAUCCCAUUGCAGAUGUCAGAGAGCGAAAGUUACUAUUGAAGAACCCUAGUAUGGAUGAUUAUUCUAAGGCAGAGAACUGUGAACAUGUUCCUCUUGGUCCAUCUUCUUUCAACCGAAAUGAUCGUUUCCUUGGAAGUUUACCGGGUCAUCUUCCACCUCCGCAGCCUGUCAGGCAUGGAAUUGACAGUCCAGUUUUGGGUUCAUACGAAGAUGAUAACAUAUCUCAAAUUGGGGAUCGCAAAUCCAGUAGCCGUUACAGAAAAAACAGUGAUCUCAAUACUGGUAGAGGACAGGGAAGUGAUUGGAAGAGUAUCCCAACAUGGCCAUCUCCAGUUGCUAACAGUUUCCCGCCUUUCCAGCAUGGACCGAUGCCUCCUGGAUUUCCUUCUUCUAUGCAGCAUUUUCCUGCUCCAUCUCUAUUUGGUAUGAGACCAUAUAUGGACGUGACCCAUGCUCAUGUCCGCCCAUUUGGGUGGCAUAAUAUAAUGGAGAGUCCAUAUCCUCCUCAGUUGCAAGGGUGGGAUGGAAGAAAUGGUGUACUCGGUGAUGAUUCCCAUGCCUAUGGGAGACCAGAAUGGGAUCAUCAGAAUAGGCAUCUAAUGGACAGCAGAGGAUGGGAGACGAGUGCUGCUACAUGGAAGGUACAACAUGGAAACUUGAAUAUAGAGAUUUCUCAGCCUCAGGAGUCAGAUUAUUCAACUCAUUCACUGCCAGAUGAAGGUUGGGCUGGGCAGUCUGGCAACAAGUCAAGCAGUGAACAGGCCCGUUCUGAAAGCUCUGAAAUCAAGCGAUCUAUUGAUGCACCUUCUGCUAAGAAUGCUGCUGAAGCACCUCCAGAAACUAUAGAUGAAAAGACCCCUGCUCCUUCUAAAACAGCAGGAGAUGAUCGGUCCCGUUAUUGCUGUAAUUACCUUUCUAAGCUUGAUAUCUCUGUUGACCUUGCCUCCCCAGAGUUGUAUAAACAAUGCUUAACGCUAUUGGGAACUAGGGACCCUGGUGUAUGUAAUAUUUCAAAGCAUGGAUGCCAUCAGAACGUUAACGAUGUGAAUAAAGUGGUAGGGAAGAGUCCAAAUAACCUCUUAACUUCUCUGUUUCCUACAAAUACAGAGGCUUAUUUUCAGAGAGCCAUGUCACUGUAUAAGAAGCAGCGCGAUGUAGCAAAAGCGAUGUUCCCUGUUGUAACUGCAAAAGGAGAAAAAGAUUCUCUGGAAGUGUCUGAUGCAGAUAAAGCGAAGGUGAUUGAUGAGCAGCCUCCUGAAGAAAUGUCAUUGGCAAAUGCUAAUUCCUGUAGGAGCAAAGAAGAAGAGGGGAGCAAUGUCAUCGCUGAAGCCAAAGAUAACGUUUCUGCUGAUGCCAAGGAACGGAAGAACACCAAUGCCAAUGCACCAGGCGAUCUUUCUGGUGAUGCCAAAGAACAGCAUUCUGAUGUCAUUUCUGAUGCAGUUGUUUUUGGUGAGGGUUCACAGGCAUGUGAGGCUGUGAGGUCAGAAUGUAGGGUAAAUUUAAGCCGGAUACCUAUUUCUCCUGAGAGUACACAUUGAAACAAUUUUUAUUCCAUGCUUUUUCUGCAAUGCCAUCACCAAUGAGGAUCAUGCUCCUCAGCCCAUUAAUCAUGGUUGGAUAGAUGGCGUCUGAAAUUUUUAUUUUUCAUUCUCCACCCCCCAACAAAUACCCAUUUCAGUACUUCCCAAUUCUCUGUGGAAAAUAUUCUGCUUCAUAUGGCUUAAAAAGCGGCUGUCAGCAAUAUAGAUCAUAGGAGAAAUGGCAUGAGAAAUCUUUACCUGUAUAUUAAUUUGUAUUCCAAGUUGUGUUUGUAGUAAUCAUCUUGAAAGCCUAUCA